AAAAAAAUUAAAAUAUUUUUCAAAUAUAUAUAAAUUGGAAAAAGGGAAGCAGAUGAUGUAAUAGAGAAAAAUGAGCUGUAUAAGUUGGAAGUUAAGAAUAUAAUGAAAUGAUAAAAAAUCAUUCAGAAUUUUAUAAAGGAAUUUUGUUAAAUAAAUGAGGAAGCUAAAUAAAAAAUACCAUUAAUAACAUGAAUUCUGGAGCUGCCCAACAGAUUUCUAUACCCUCUGAAAUUCCAAAUCAAAAUCUUUAACUUUUGGUUUCUAAUAAUAUACAUAUCUUCCCUAAUGUUGCUGAAAAUAGUAAUGUUAGUAAUAGUAAUGGAACUAGAACACUUGAAGAACAUAAUACAGAUCAAGCGAAAGAUAUUCUGGAAUUAAUUUAUUUGAAAAAUUUGAAUAAUCUUGAGCUUAGAUAUCUAAAAAUUAUUUAGUUUCUUCUCAUAAAACAACCAAUACUAAAUCAGUUAUUAAUCAGAAGCAGAAAUCACUAAUGAUUCCCAUUUUUAACUGUUGAGGCAAAGACAGAUUAAGCUUUAUUAAUGUGUAUCUUGAAAUUUAAAUUAAUACUGAAUACCAGACCAACCUUUCCCCCUCCCCUAAAAACGGAAAUUGUAAAAUUGGAUAUUAUUUAUCGAAUUUAGUAAAUCAAAACAAGAAUUUAUAUAGUCUCUAACUAUUGUAAUAUAAUGAUG